AUGCCAAACAAAAAUACAUCAAAGUCGGUGGUUAAUGUCGCGAAGAAUGUGCCAGCAUCGGAGUCCUUCGAGCUAAAGUUGGAUCAAACUCAAGAAACUGCGGUGAGAGAUGUGGAUCCACUAGCUAAUAAUGAAGCGAUAAGAUUGUCCCCAAGGAUGGAUGUCGUCGCAUUCGAAAGUACUUUUGAUACUGACAAAUCUUUAACAAGAUUUCAGGCUCAGGAGGAAAAAAUUGAGUCGCAAAAUCGGACAAGAUCCAAAGAUUCAACUGAUGAAGAAACGGAUGGUUUUGAUUGCACAAUUUGUGGCUAA